UGGUAAUACAGGCUCGGCUUCACUUCCAUCAACGACAUUUGACAGUAUUGUAAUAUAGAGAGCUACAAACGGGAACCGUCAAUAUUUAAGUUCUAGUUAUUGCAUACGGAUGUUUUCACGACCAAGAAAGGCUUUGUUUUAGUCAAGGUUUCCGCAAAUAUUCACCAUAAGAACUGUAUAUCUAAUUAUGUCAGCAGACAUAUCAUCGCCAUUUCCGACAGAUCACCCAUCGGCUUAAAUCAAGGAUGAAGAGGCCCCAAUAGGUAUUCGUGUUCUUCACGUUUGUGGCGCCAAGUUGACAGAAUUCUGCUUCUUCGUUUGAAAGGAUAAAACGUCUUGUCUGACGAAUCAUACUCUACAUUUCUGUGCUGUCAUAUGCGCCAGAUACCGAUUCCUCAUGGUGCCAGAAUUCCAUCAAACAUGCUCUAACUUCUAACACAGAAGCAGAAUCGUGAACAGUUGGAAGAACAUAACCUAGAACUUUAACUGAAGACACAUCCAAUAUCCAAUAAACACAGGACAAGACACUAUUCAGAAAGCCUAUACCGCUUAGUAUCACCACCACCUCUAUUGGCGUUGCUCUCCUGACACACUCAGCAGGAUUCAGCCUCUGUGUAGCAAGCAUGCUGUGUGUGUUCUACCUUCGACGUCGUCUAGUUUUUGUUGGUCUUCUGCUGUGGAUUACGACACUCUUGUUUGCAUACUCAUUUCUGGUAGAGGACGCGGAUAUGAGGGAGCCUACCAACAACCGUUUUAAGACCAUCAUGAAGCUGCAGGAACUACGCAUCAACCCGCCUUACCAGAUGAUGGACCAUAUCGAUGCCAUGAGUUCCACAGCAGUACCAGAACACGUUGAUGCCCUUCAAGAGGCCAAAAAUGUAAAAGCAAAACAAACCCAUCUGGAUGUAAAAAAAAAGGCCGAAAAAGUGUCUAUUGUUAAACGAGAUUCGAUGUCACAUGACGCCGACGCCGUGUCACGUGAUACACAUGUGAUGUCAGAGGUGCCUCCUAUGUCGGACUAUUGUAAUCGCGACGAUGUCCUGGCGGCAUCACAGGAAGGCAAGUCUUACGUUAUUAUACAAAGUACAGACGGAAUUAAUUGGUUCAAAUAGAUUUGGUGCUCAGCAAGGCAUACCCAUGUUUUACAUUGCCC